AUGCUCGAUAAGGAAAUCACAAAACUGCAGAAAGCAUUCUUAGUUCAACCGUUUCUCAGCGAAUUUGGCAAUGGAAAAUCCAAUCUUUAUGAACCUGAGGAUGCUUUUUUUUCAAAUGAACUUGGACAUUCAAUUUUCAACAAUAUGAAAAGAGCUAAAGGCGAUUUUUCUAAAAGAUUUUACUAUGAGAUCACAUAUUGCAUUAAAUUUCGAUGGUAA